AUGCCAAUUCCAAAAAGUAAUAAGACAACUAAAAGAAAUUCUAGGCGACGGGGAAAGACAGCCAUUCUAACUGAAUCACCAUAUAAAAAUGAACUUUUGGCUCUAUCCAGCAACAACACUUCUAAUACUUCAGUUAAAAGAUCUUUAUCACUAAAUAAAACAUCAGGAGAAAAAAAAAAGAAAAAGGUUAUGACUAAAAAUUCAAAUGCUAAAAUUCAAAAGAAAAAAAUUGAAAUACCGAUGUCAAGUUCAGAAAAUGAUGAUGAUAUUUGCUUUUAUUGUGAUGAACUAUACUCAAAGUCUAUUGAUGGCUGGAUUAAAUGCACAGCGUGUAAGAGAUGGCUCAUAACCUUUGUGCUGGCAUUGAAGAAGAAGAAGACUAUAUUUAUAUGUGAAUUUUGUUCAUAA